UUCAACCCUUGUCUGUGUAUGUGGGGGGCGCGGGGGAAACAAUUUUACCAUUUUUCUCUCCAGCGGUUUCUGUCAAACCCUCUCUCCAGCAGAUCUUCACAAACACCCUCUACAUCAUCGCCGUCGACCAUGAACCGAACAAGCGCUCCACUCUACAGAUCCAUUCGCACCUAUGCAACAAAGAGCAAAACUCCCAAUAUGAAAAUGAAACCAAGUGUACCCAUAAAAGAAACUGCUUUACCCAACGGCACUGUCUUUGUUGAGCGCCUGCCUGUCGUUGAACCCACCAUUCAAGCCUCCUAUGCACCUUUACUCCAUCGCAAUAGCACAACAUUGACAACAACAAAAAAGUUGACAGAAAGUGAGAUUGCAGAAAUGCGUCAGCUAAGGCAAUCGGAUCCCAGCACUUGGACACGAUCCAAAUUAGCCGAAAAGUUUGGUUGUUCCCCAUUAUUCGUGAGCAUGGCAGCACCUCUGCCUAAAGAUAUCUUACAGCAACACCAAGAAGAACAAAAGAAUGCGGCGAAUAGCACUAUGAGAGGCUAUAGACGUAAAUUAAUAACAGAGCAAAGACAAAAGAGAAGAGAGCUUUGGUAGAAUAGAGAAAAAACCAAAGAUGAAAACGAAUAAACAACCUUGUACUAUAUUUAUCACCGUCAGUUCAACAAUGGAGAUGAACACAUCCUUAAGUGUAUCAUCUCAAUGAAUGACAAGGAGGAGAAAGUUGAGUGGACAUGUGUACAUCUAUGUUAUCUAUGUAGGCUUUAAGGGCAAAUCUGGGGCUGUAAACUGCUGAAUAAAAGCAUAUGAAUCACUCAGAGACCUUCUCUCUAUACCCGUCAACUUGUUCAUUUGAUUUGGUCCGUUUCAACAAUUUGUCAUUGUAUCCAUCCUAACUAUUAUCCUCAUGUGUUGAUAGCUUUGAAUUCAUGCUUUCCUUUCCAUUGUCUUACUCACCCACUCUAAAAAUGGCACAAAUUGUUCAUAAGGCUUGACAAAAAACCCAACUAUUUCAAUAGUUUCGACGCUUAAAUUGAGUCGUUCUGUUCAAUGCUGUGGUGGUGAAUGGUCACCUAACAGAUGUGGACAAG